GCCCCGCCCAGGGGCGGCCCUAGGGGGGCACGGGCUGGAGCGGAGCGGCGCCGGCACCGGCACGGGGACGGAGCAGCCGGGCUGGAGAACAAUAGCGGCGCUGGAAAACAAUGGAGCAGCCGCAGCUCCCCGCGUAGGGAUGCGGGCCGGACGCGGGGCAGGAAUCGCAGCCCGGGAGUAGCGGCCGGGCCGGAGGCAGCGCAGGAUCCGCGGGACGCGCUCGGUUCCCUCCCCAUGCCCCGGGAUGGAGCUCGGAGGGGACGCGGUGCCCUGCGGGAAGGACAAAUUCAUCUCCAGGAAUGAGCUGCUCCUGCACCUCAAGACUUACAACAUCUACUACGAGGGGCAGAACCUGCAGCUGCGGCACCGGGAGGAGGAAGGGGAGCUGAUCGUGGAGGGGCUGCUGAACAUCUCGUGGGGGCUGCGCCGCCCCAUCCGCCUGCAGAUGCAGGACGAGCACCAGCGCAUCCGGCCGCCCCCCUCCUCCUCCUCCUGGCACUCGGGCUGCAACCUGGGCACCCACGGCUCGCUGCUCAAGCCCAGCACUCUCCCGGACAUCCCGGUGACGGACGGCGCGGCCGCUCUCAGCCCGGAGAGCCCCGGGAGAGGCUCAGCCCCCAGGCCGGAGGAGGCCCCGCAGCUGAUGCGGACGCGCAGCGACGUCGGCGUCCGGCCCCGCGGCAGCGCCCGCACGCCCGGCGAGCAGCGGCGGCUGCGCCGGCACCGCUUCUCCAUCAACGGCCACUUCUACAACCACAAGACCUCGGUGUUCACGCCCGCCUACGGCUCCGUCACCAACGUGCGCAUCAACAGCGCCAUGACCACGCCGCAGGUGCUCAAACUGCUGCUCAACAAGUUCAAGAUUGAGAACUCUGCAGAGGAGUUUGCUCUGUAUAUGGUGCACACGAGCGGAGCCCCGCGGCGCCGCCCGUGCCCAGCCCGCGGUUCUGGCGUUGCAGAGAAGCAGAAGCUGCGCGGCAGCGACUUCCCCCUGCUGGCCCGGCUGCUGCAGGGCCCCUGCGAGCAGGUCUCCAAGGUCUUCCUCAUGGAGAAGGACCAGGUGGAAGAGGUCACCUACGACGUCGCCCAGUACAUCAAAUUUGAGAUGCCCAUCCUCAGGAGCUUCAUCCAGAAGCUGGAGGAGGAGGAGGAUCGGGAAGUGAAGAAGCUGAAGCACAAGUACUCCAUCCUGAGGCUGAUGAUCGAGCAGAGGCUGGAGGAGAUUUCUGAGGGUCCCACGGCGAUGUGAGCGCCCGUGGGAUGUGCUGCACCAAAUCCCAGCCCCAAAACUCCUGGUGUCCAUCUGGGCAGCUCCAGCCCCCAGCCAAACCCCCUCCCACGCCUUCACCCCCAUAGAAUCCUUGGGGGCUCUUCCCAGGAAGAGCUGGCAGCAGCUUCAGCCAAAACUUUAAAUCCCUGGGAAACACGGGGAGAAAAAAAAAAAAAAAAAAAAGAAAAAGAAAAAGAAAAAACAGCAACAACAAAAGAGGAAAUCUGUGAGCAGCACAAAGGCAAAGACUGGGCUGAGCCAGGGCUGCCAGCAUUCCAGAGCUGGAAUUUUGGGGGCUCAGUUUGGAAAUGCCCAACGUGGCUCCCAGUGAAGGACCUGCUGCAAGAGAGCACAAAAAAUUCCUCUUUUUUUAAAUUUUUUUUUUUAAUAGAGAAAAGCACAUUCCUACCGCAAUAAUUCACAGGUGUUGGGAGGAUUUUGUAAAUCCAAAGGGUUGGCUGAGAUUUUUGGGGGGGAUUUAACCCUCACCUGGGGGCUCACAGGUGGAUUUCCAGCACAGGAGAAAAUCCCAUUUUUCCCAGCACCUUCCCCAGCCCUGCAUUGGUUGUGCAGCCCCCUCUGUCCCCCGCUCUAAUUUGCACUAAUAUUUCGGGAUUUUUAAGAAAACCACGAUGUCAAACCUCUCUGGUAGCUGUAAAUGCCAAAUAGCACUUGCAGGGAUGGCUGAGGGCCUGGAGCAUCUCGAGGGAUGCUGGGUGGGAAAGGGGGGAAGGCAGGAGGAAGGGGAGGCAGAAAUAAAGAGGAUUUUGUUUUCCAAAUCUCAUUUUCCAGCGGUGCCAGCAAAUUAUUCUGGUGAACCAGGACCAGGCUGGCUCCAUCACCAGCAGCAGCUGGAAAAAUCUCUUUCCUCCCAGGCUAAACCAGCAAUAUCCAUUUUAUACCUCGAUGUGAACUAAACCUCUGACUUUCUCCCCCUCCCUUUGAGUUUUUGCAAUGCAUCUUUGUAAUUUUUUUUUUUGUUAAUUUUGAUGGUACCUUUUCCACCUUUAACUCAUGUUCAGGAAAGUGUUGUACAGUGAGAGGAGUUUUUGAUGUGUUUGAAGGAUGAUUGUGGCACUGCUGCGUGGAUUAACAAGGAAAUAAAAUAAAAUAUGUAGCAAAUUAAUGCAGAAUGAAACCCCCUGA